CUGCGGACAUCUGAUAGGGAAAUGUUUAGCGCUGUGUCCGUUACCUUGAAUUGUGUUUUGUAGGGUUUUUUUUCCCCUUCAUGACGUAAGCGCGUGCGAUCUUUCGGGAGUUUCCAUUUGAAAACGAAUCCCCGAAUGAUGCACUUCGUUAGCGUGCCGUGCGCCUGGAAGUUAAGUAGUUGUUUUUACACAAAGAAUAUUUGUAGACCUAAGCAACUCAGUGCCCGUAUUAGAGCCCCAGAGUGCUAAUCUACAGGAUUAGUGUUUUUGAAGAGGAAAUAUGGGGAUAUUUGUACAAUCAGUUUUAAAUUUACGAGUGUGGAGGUUGGUUUAUAUUGGCUCUUUUACUUUCUGGUCUUUCCACCCACCAAAAAUCCUUUAUGAUGUCACCAUACAAAGGAGAUUAUUCCCUUAGCUCUAAUCUUCGUCCUUUCCUUAUCUUUCAUCUGCUCUUUAAGACUCCUCCCAUAUCUUUUCCCCUUAAAGGUCCAUCCAGAUUACAGUGUGUAAUUAGUAGAAGUUUACAGAACGAUUGCCUCCUUUCAUCGUUGAUGUAAAUUGUUACAAACCAUAUUUCAGUCUCUUCCAACUUACAGAAAAUUGGAUUUAAACUGAUGGUCAAAAUUACGGUAGUAUUUCUAUUCCAUUGGAAGGCUCAGUGUUUGCAUGUGGGCAGAAGUUACUAAGUAUGUCUCUUAGAACUAAAUGAUGUCUGAGCUAGUGGUAGAAGUGAAAGUCUGUGCAUUCAAUGCAGAUUUGAAGGAUUUUGACUGGGAAUUAGAAAAGAAAAAGGUAACCCCUACACCUGCUGCUCUACAAUAACAUUCACCCUAAUGUUGAUCUGUAGAGCACAGUGAGAAGACAUACCAGGAUGUAAUCUUUUACUCACAGGGUCUAGCACCAACUGAUCCAGGCAUUCAUCGUUGAUAGAAGACUCUCUAGAGUCAUCUAGUUUUAGCAUCUUUUGAGUCCUCUUUCUGAGUUGUUUAUGGUAUUUAUGUCUAUUUGGAAGCUUAUGGAAAAUGAGCCUAAUCAAAGUAGCAAAACACUAUUAUUGAGAAAGAAGCAGAAAAAUAUUCCAGAGGCAAAUAAAGUAACUGUUUAUUUCAUCUGGUGUUUCACUGUGUUGGUGACCUCGAUAAUGGCAUGAUGAUAUUUUUCUGAGGCUGACUUGAAUUCCACCAGAUGCUUCUCAUAACUUUUGAUGGCUUCUUGAAGCUGUGUUUUCUCCACUGCUCCCAGGAUGGCACGGAAGAUCAUAUCUAUGCCAAGGCCAAGAACAGCAACUCCUAUGCUACCAAGGAGAGAAGCACCAAUUUGAGCUAACACAGUGACCAACUUGUUAAUUAUGCCAGUUGUGAUGUUUGAGCCCACGAGUUUAACAGCCACUGCACUGGCAGCAGAAGUAGCUUCUCCCAGGAUGACUGAAAUAACCUUUUGUACUAUUGCAAUUUUCUCGGUUUCUUUUUCCUUAAUAUCCUGAAGUUUUCUAUAAAGGGUUGGCUCUAGUUUAUCUUUUAGUGCUUCAUCAACCUUUUGCAAUUCUUUUUGGAUCUUCAUCAUGGCUUGGAUGAUGAUAUCACAGUUUUCUUUGAUGGUCGCAUCUCUUUUCAUUUCAGUGGAGGCCAGCCUGCACCCUAAGUGCGUAUUUAAAACCCCAAUCAGCUUAUUGGUGGCAUGGAAGCUGUCAGAUAAGCAGUCAAGGAGCUCCUGGUGAAGACGAUUUACUUCUUGCCGCCUUUUUGGGUUCUCUGGGUAGAGGAAGUCACUUUGAGCCAUAUUUCAAAUAUGAUCUCUGAAAAAUACAAUAAUAAAUCUUUACUAGAAAUCUUGAAAAAUAUCUGCUGGAUGUAUAGAUUUGACCAGGAAAUCUUUUACUUUAUGAAUAGCAAUGUAGUAUGCUAUCUAAGGAAUUUCUCAGAAAACUCAACAAGUUCUUCAAAACAAUUUUUUGAAACUUGGAGUCAGUGUAUGAAAAUAUGGGUAACAUAAUACAACUUGUUGAUGCAUUAAUUAUGGCAUUAGGUCUUGCAGAGGGGGGGAGAUCCUAGAUAGGAAAGAUUUGUGUUUAUCUAGCAUCUGAUUAUUAAUAAAUGAUUAUUUCCAAGUAAUAUUUAAUAACAUAUUUGAAAUGGUUAGCUCUUGAUUACCAGUGCUCCUUAAUUUCCUCAACCUCUAGUCACCACAUUGAAUAGACCAACCAGAUUGAUUUUUCUAAUAUUUGGAAUUAAAUUAGUAGAGUCAGAAGAAUAUUAAGAUCUCUGAGUUUACAGGGCAAUAAUUGCUAAUUUUGUUUGUAUACUCUGUUAUCUUAAUUUACAAUAUUCAAAACAGUCUUUAUGUCUUUACAGGUCAAUUAUUUGCUCUCCAAACCUAAGAGGCAUCCAAAGGCAACACAUAUAACAUUAGAAUGUUUACCAAAAAAUCCUCGUGAUAACAGUUUAUUUUCAAGAUUCCUUAGAUUACAAUCUCACUUGGAGAGACAGUGGGCAUCAUGGAAGGGACAGGGCGGUUCUGACUAUCUCUCUGGUUCUCCAUUGGCAAAGCUUAUAAAUUAAAUUAUUUAGAAUUGUCUAUAUUACACUUGACCAUUAUUCAGAUACGCUGGAGUUAGCCUCAGAAAGAAGAUAAUGUCAUUUCACAAAGGUAUUAGGGAAUAAGUAGCGAGGGUACAUCACAGAAUGAGUAAAAUAAGCCUGGUGUUUGUAGCCUGCUUGUGUCUGUACUUUGGGCUCAGAGAAAGAAGGCAUAAGCAACACCCUUCUGAGUGAAUUUGGGUGAAAGUUUGAAGCUGGUGAGUACGAUGUCCCUGAGUAUGCACAGCUGGAGUAGCCUGGCGAUUCGCCUGACACGUGGAUAUUUCAUUUGAAUUCUUGGAGGAAAGAAGGAGAAAAUGGAGUCCUUUACACCUGUGUGGGAUCUGGUACAUCCUCUCUUUGUGUAAACAACAUCCUAAUUAAUCUGGGCCCUGUCUUUCUAGGACCAUUGUUCUUAGCCUAGAUAUUGGGAACCUCAGAAGCAUGGGGGGAAGGAAUGAAGAUGUUUUCUCUCAAGAAGGUAGACAUGAACAUAACCUAUCCUCCAAGUUAUAAAGAUACAGUUUGGAAAUGGAAAGGGGAAAAUUUUUGAAAAUGGAUUAGGAACAUAAUAAUUUUUGCUCUUAAUUUUAGGAAAAUGCACUAGUACCCCUGGUGGAAUAAAUUGUAUCAUGGUCAGAAAUUCAUUUUUAUCUUUGAUUUAGAUACAGUACACACACACACACACACACACACACACACACACGACAGAUACAAAUGUCCACAAAUUAGAAUAUAUCUCAAUUCCGUUUAAAGAAAUUGUUUGUUCAAGGGAUAUUAAAUAUUCCUCAAACUCACCAUUGGGUUGCAAACUGCAAUUUGAUAACCACAAAUUGGGACUUUGAUUUUUGCUUUUUUCUCCUAGAAAUUUUAUGUUAAACUGUUUUCUCUUUUGGUUCCUAGUUUUCAGAUCUUAUCAUGAAGUGAAAACUCCAGUUUCUGACUUUGAAUUUAGAAGAUCACCGACUACAUCCCCGUUCAGAUAUUUAGUGCUGAAACAUUUCUGCUGAAGAAAUGUCUUCAGGGUCAGAAAAGGAUAAAGAGAGGCUCGUUCAAGCUGCCAAAACCUUCUUCUUCCACAUGCAAGAUCUUGCUUCCUUCACAAAUGCACUCACCGAAUUGUUUAACAGCAGUAUGAACACUCAGAUCUUCUUGACGGCUGUGAAAGAAGAUGGUAAUGUUAAGGAUGUCUUUGAAUAGAUGCUCAAAACUUUUAAGGAGAUGCAAUCUGCAGUGGUGGCACAGCAGGACAAAAUGCAAAGUGAACCUUUAUGUUCCAAGAUUGCAACAGCUAUGUGCUCUGUGCUUGAGAAGAGUAGCAGUGUAAAGGAGUUGCAACAGUCAGCCAAAGAAAUGUUCAAAAAUGUCCAUACACCGGUCAUUGCCUCUGUGCUGAAUAAUGGUAACAUCCUUGAGAGUUUGGAAUCUUCUCUUUCACUCUUGAUGAAAUAUCCCAUCAUGAAUCUUCAGUUAAGUGACUUCUAUAGAAAAGACACCAAAGAGCAAUCAGAUGAUACCACAUCUGAGAAAAGCCCAAGUCCUGGUCCAUCCAAAGCCACUACAAUAGACACCUUGAAAAAGUUGCAGGAUGCACUAAACACUGAGAAUGCCAAGGAUACCAUCGAGUCAGCUGCAGAGCAGAUGGAGCAAAUUGUCAAAACUAUGGGAGCAAUCUUAGAGAUCCUCCAAAAAGCCACAAAAACUAUGGAAACCAAGUUUUCUGUGUUUAAGAAAGCCAAGGACUAGUAGGAGUGCAACAGUAGUGCUCAUUUCUGUCAGAAAACCAAUUCAAAUCCUGCGAGUGUUUAUAGGACUUUCUAAGACCUUGGAUGCCAGACAUGUGGUCUGUUGGGACAUGAGUUUGAAGAGUAGUCACCUGGCAAAGCGUUUACCUCAAGUUUUGCUUUAUUCAAAUAAAAAUA